GACAGUAGUAGUGAGUCUCAAAUACUUGAUUGCUUGUUAAAGCGAUUUCUAUUUACCGUAAAAAACGGCACGUGGGUAGCAAAGCUUAAACAGUGAAGUACUGAACAGUGGAACAAUGGCAGAAAGUGUGCCUUUGGUGUCUUCGCCGAGUUCAUCAAUUAGGCAGCCUGCCGAAGAGGCAGCUUUCGGAACAACUCAAUCAAAGCCUACUAUUGUGCCUCUGGGAGAGAAAGCUCCUUUGGUUCAGGGCGAACAUGAAGUUGGAAAAAGUCUUCUUGGACUUAGUUUAUCAAGGAUGAAUUUGUCGCGGAGUUUAAUGAGAUUGCGUUCCGCCACGAUGACUGUGUCGUUAAUCGAAAAGCCUUCAGAUGAUCGCCGAGCCUCAGCGUUUCUUGCAGGUUGGAACGUAACAAAUCUCAUUCAAGGAACGGGGAUUCUAGGAAUACCGUACGCUGUGAAGCUCGGUGGGUGGGCUGCUGUUGUUUGUAUUUUUGUCUGUGGUAUUCUUUGUUGUUACACGGGCAAGAUUCUAAUCGACUGUUUGUACGAAGAUUCCAAGCGGACAGGUCAAAGGAAACGAGUAAGGGUGAAUUACCCUGAUGUUGGCGAAGCCUGCUGGCCCGUGUGGGGAAACAAGAUUGUCAGCAUUGUGCAAGUGGUUGAGAUGUCUGGCAUAGGCGUCACCUAUGUUGUCUUGAUGGCCACCAUCUUCCUUGAUCUUUUCCACAACAAGAGUAUGGAUGUUUAUGACUGGACCGUUGUGGUUGGUUGUGUUGUCCUUCCAGCAAUCUUUAUCACCCGCGUGUCACUCAUCGCCUGGUUCAGCAUGAUUUCUGUCUUCUCUUUGUUCUCUGGUGUCUUCACCAUCAUAAUCUACUGCAUUACACAGUAUCAGAAGAUGAGCUUCAGCAACAUGCCAAGUUUCCACUUAAACUCUUUCCUGGUUGGCUUGGGCAUCAUUGUAUUCAGCUUUACAGCACAUGCAGUAUUCCCAGGAGUGGAAGGAAGCAUGCGUCAUCCUGAACAGUACCCCAUGAUGCUGAAAGUUGCCUUUGCAAACUCAAUAAUCACCAAACUUGCUCUGGGCCUACUGGGUGUGUUUCGAUAUGGGCAGGAACUUAACCAGGCAAUAACAGUUAAUAUCAAAACCAGUCCAGUCUUUUACAUUCUGUCCAAUGUUUUUGUUAUUGGUAAUGUUGUGCUUGCCUUUCCUCUUGUCAUGUUUGUUGUUUUGGAGACAUGGGAUAAAAAAAUGCUUCCUCACUUUCCUCACCUUUCUAAGGAUUCAAGUUUUCACUGGUUUUGGUUGAUCCUGACGCGUCCAUUGCUCCUUACAUUUGGUGUCUUCCUGGCCAUCACCGUACCUCAUUUUGGCUUAGUCAUGGGUCUGCUUGGCAGCUUAACGGGAACCAGUCUGUGUUUCAUUUUCCCAUGCGUUUUCCAUCUGAAGCUGAAGUGGAAGAAGUUAAACUGGUUGCAGAUUGCAUGUAGAGUGGCUGUCACCAUCUUUGGAAUUGUUGUUGGAAUCCUUGGAGUGGUAUUCUCAGCAAUUGAACUAAUCAAUGUGUCCAAGUGAGGAAAUAAAUUCUGUAACAAUAAGUAUUUCAUAAGGUAUAUAAACUGAGACCUGCUUUGUUGAUACAUGUAACACAAAUGAUAAUAACUAUUAAUAUAUAUUGGAUCCUAAAUAUGCAUUAUUCUGUAAAUAUUUUGACCUGAAUUUUUAUUUAAUAUAUGGUUCCUCAGAAUAUCAAACCAAGGAAGGUCAUCAGGAAUUUGAAGGGGAG